AUGUCUUCUGUGAAGAAUAUCCUCUCCUUUGUGGCCCUGUUUGCGGGUGUCAAGACGGUUUAUGCAGGCUUGGAGUCUCCGGGCCAUAACAACGUCGCCAUUUACUGGGAAUUCUCUGAAUCAGGCAAACGGAACACAAGCGCAGCAGAGAUUGAGCUACUACUGCGAAAGCAAGUGAUUCCACUUGCCUUUGCCAUAUCCAUCAAAGGCCCCGGGGGCGUCCCACAAAUCAACUUCUCCAACCAGGGAGAUCCCUGCAAGCCAUUCCCAGGAACCGACCUUCUUCACUGUCCGCAAAUUGGCGAGGACAUCAAAACGUGCCAGAAGAAAGGAAAAACCAUCCUUUUAUCUAUUGGCGGAGCAACUUACAGUGAAGGUGGCUUCCGCUCUGCUGAGGAUGCUGUUGCGGGAGCCAAUCUGUUAUGGGAUACGUUUGGUCCGGUCAAGACAACGUCAAACUCUUCAGUUCUUCGCCCAUUCGAUGAUGCAGUAGUCGAUGGAUUUGAUCUCGACUUUGAAGCCACUGUGCUGAACAUGGUACCUUUUGGCAAGCAGCUUCGUACUUUGUAUGAUGCCGAAAAAUCCAAGACGUUUUACUUGACUGCUGCUCCUCAGUGCCCGUACCCGGAUCUAUACAAUAAGGAGAUGUUGGAGGGUGGUGUCAAAUUUGAUGCUCUAUUCAUUCAGUUCUACAACAACUUCUGCGGCCUCAACAACUUCGCCCUCGGCUCCCAGUCACAAGACAAGUUCAAUUUUGCGGACUGGGACAACUUUGCAAAGAAAGUAUCGGCAAAUCCCCAAGUGAAGAUUAUGAUCGGAGCUCCUGCAAACAAGGGGGGCGCUAGCUCCGGAUACGUCGAUGCCCAAACUCUUGUCAGCAUCAUUAACUGGAGUAAGACCUUCUCCAGCUUCGGUGGAGUGAUGAUGUGGGAUGCCAGCCAGGCCUGGGCCAAUGGCAACUUCACUUCGACAGUGAAGAAUGCCUUGAGUGCUGGGAACUCCCGUGUUGUUCGCAGAUCAUAUGCCGGCUAUCACUCUGGAUACUGA